AUGCUCCAUAGUGGAGUGGAUGAAAACCACAGGACUCUUCUCGUCAUUGUGGGUGAUAGGGGUCAGGACCAGGUACCAGUUCCAUACACUUGUACCUGAUGAUUAAAGGUUCCCACUUUGUACCAGAUACAAUCAGCGGUCAGUAAGGCAGGACUUCUUAAAGUUUUGUGGUGCUAUAAAAAGGAAUUGUCAUUUAGCACGUAAGUGUGUAAUCUUGAAUAAUGUUUUUCAGACACCGAAAGAGGAAUUUGAAACUUCUGAAGUAAGUCGAGGUCCGCCUGACUUUCGUUAUCUGUAGCAAGCGUCGCAAGGCAGGCAUUGUUAGCGAAGGAACCGUUUUUGAACAGUUUAUCUGCUCGACAGAAAUUCGCUGGUGCUAUUACCACGAAACACAUAAGAUUCUUGGCCAAACUUUUCAUAUGUGCAUUCUUCAGGACUUCGAGGCCUUGACGCCAAAUACUCUAGCACGAACUAUUGAAACAGUGGCCGGCGGAGGGCUUGUUGUAUUUCUCCUGAAGUCUAUGGAUUCCUUGCGGCAGUUGUGCACGAUGGCAAUGGACGUGCACGCUCGCUAUCGCACCGAGGCCCAUGUGGAUGUUGUUUGUCGAUUUAAUGAACGAUUCCUCCUUUCGCUUGCACACAACCCGAGGUGUAUUGUGUUAGAUGACAGAUGGAAUAUUUUGCCAAUAUCUAAGACAGUUAUAAACAGCUUGGGAAGCGUGCCCGAUUCCACCCAUAAGGAAUUCAUUUCAAAGGAACAAGAAGAACUGUCGAGGUUGAAGGUUAGUUUCUGUUGAGCUCGCCUAGUGUUUGCUUCUAAUAAAGUCACCUUAUACAUCUCUUUGUUGGAGUAGUAACUACUCAGCCAAUUUUCCAUUACGAAUCAUCCAUUGGGCCCAUGCAUGAGCAUACCAAGACUAGGAUCCAUUUACACAUCCAUUCCAUUAGUUUGUACCGGAUUUCCGGUGCAUUUUAAUAGGAUUUGUUAUUUGCUACUCUGUGAUGCCAUCGUUAAUUUGGGUCCAUUCACUCUUCUGCUCCACCUUGUCUUUUUCAGCUUCUCCUGACCGAGGACGGUUCCUACUUUGCUUCAUUAGUUAACCUCUGCAGAACGUUAGAUCAAGCUAAAUCUCUUCUGCAGUUCUGCUCAGCUCUUUUGGAUGUCACCAGCUCCUUUGAGAAUUCAAAAGCCAAUCCCGACAAAAAGAGCCGACUCGAUGAAAAGCUGAAGUCAUUCGACUCCUCGACACAAAAUCUCAUUCACACCCUUUCGAGUGAUGAUAACUCGAGACGAGCCAGAUCAUCCAAGGCUUCGUCCGCGGUUGUAGUGAUGACGGCCGCUCGUGGUCGUGGAAAGUCUGCUGCCUUGGGUCUUGGUCUUGCGGCCGCAUUCGAUGCCGGGCUUCCAAACAUGUGUGUCACUGCCCCCAGUCCCGAAAACCUCUUGACUCUAAUGCAGUUUGUACUACUAGGCCUCAAGGCCUUAAAAUACGAGGAACACGUGGAUUUUACGGUAUUUCGAUCCACUGACGUGGAACACAACAAAGCUGUUGUUCGUAUAGAGGUUAGACGAAGAAAUUAUCGACAGACCCUCCUUUACCUACCUCCAUGGGAAGCGACCAGUGCCGUGGGGUCAAGCUGGCAGCCUGAUCUGUUUUGCAUUGACGAGGCAGCUGCGAUUCCUCUUCCAUCGGUCCGUCAGAUGAUCACUGGACCUAAAUUGGUGUUCAUGGCGUCCACUGUGAAUGGCUAUGAGGGAACCGGACGUUCUCUCUCCGUAAAACUAAUCCAGCAGCUCCGUUCAGAGUGUCAACGGGUGGAGGCAUCCUCCGUGUUGCCAAAACAGAAAGGCAAGGAUGCAAACAUAGGAAAGAGUUUGUCACUAGGUAACUUGGUGACUCUUCUUAUGUUUAUUGCCUUUUCGAUUUUUCGGACAAUUUCUUGCUCAUCACCACACUGCCUUACUUUCAGUCAACAAAUCGCGUCUCCUCUACGAAAUUACCCUGACAGAGGCCAUACGUUAUGCCAACGGUGACCCAGUUGAAACCUGGCUCAACAACCUUCUCUGCUUAAACUGUGGUGAUAACCUUUCGACCGACAGCGGUUCCAAGACGACGGGAAUUUGUCCGUCGCCGGACCUUUGCCAACUUUACUACGUCAAUCGCGACACUCUUUUUGCCUACCAUUCUUCCACUGAGAUCUUCCUGCAACGAUUAAUGGCACUGUAUGUCUCUUCGCACUAUAAAAAUUCGCCCAACGACCUGCAGUUGCUUUCGGACGCUCCAGCCCACCACAUCUUUUGUCUUCUGGCUCCCUACGACCCUACUUCUGGCCGAGUUCCCGAGAUACUCUGCGUCCUACAGGUUUGCCUAGAGGGGCGAAUCAACCGGGACAUAGUGAUGCGCGGCCUUGCGCGUGGUCUUAAGCCAUCUGGCGAUCUGAUCCCCUGGACUAUAAGUCAACAGGUGAGUUGA